GACGACGCGCAGCCGGGCAGCACGCUCGAUACGCCUUCAAGGAGCUACGGACGCACGCGUCUUCACCGUCGAGAGCACUCGUCGCCAGCAAGUUUGAACCGGGGGCGUUGCUUGCGCUGUGCGCAUUUCGUUUUAGCCGUCAACGUCGCUGUUUGCUCGCUCUCCACGGAGAACCCAAGAAAGCCAUUUAAAAAGGGACGUGGUCACAUCGUGCGCUUUUUUUUUGCACCCGCUGAACCACUUGCAGUCGCAUGCUUUGUUUUUGUUGUUGCACGCAACCCAUCGCGCGUCGUCAAAUCUGAGCGGUGCCACUUUAAUUCAUCCUCGUGACUCGCAAAGUGCCGCCGCCCUCGUCGGAGCGGACAAGAGGUUUAAGAAUACGCAACGAUGGCAGAGAUGUUCCAGGUGCAGAGUCCGAACGUUCGCUACACGGAGGAGCACAUCGAGGCCGUGUACCAGUACCAGACGAGCCACGUGGCGCGUCACAACGGACGCCUCAUCGUCUCUCCGCAGACCAAGGAGUAUGAGUUCCGCACGCGCCGGCACGUGCCGCGUCUCGGCGUCAUGCUCGUGGGCUGGGGCGGCAACAACGGCUCCACCGUGACGGCUGCCACGAUAGCCAACCGGCUCGGCCUCUCCUGGAACACCAAGACCGGCGUCAAGCACGCCAACUACUUUGGGUCGGUGUUCCAGUCGUCGACCGUUUCGCUGGGCUCGGGACCACAAGGGGACGUCUUCAUUCCCUUCAGGGACCUCCUGCCCAUGGUCCAUCCCAACGACAUCGUGUUCGAUGGGUGGGACAUCUCGUCGCUGAACCUGGCGGAGGCGAUGCGACGCGCCGAGGUGCUGGACUGGGGCCUCCAGGAGCAGCUGCGGCCCCACAUGGAGAAGCUGCGGCCUCGCGCCUCCAUCUACGUGCCCGAGUUCAUCGCCGCCAACCAGGAGGACCGGGCCAACAACCUCAUCCCCGGCACCAAGGCCGAGCAGCUGGAGCAGCUCCGUCGAGACAUCCGCGACUUCAAGGCAUCGAGCGGCGUGGAGAAGGUGAUCGUCAUGUGGACGGCCAACACGGAGCGCUUCUGCGAGGUCGCCGUGGGACUCAACGACACGAGCGACAGCCUCAUGAAGUCCAUCGCGCGCAACGAGUCGGAGGUGUCGCCGUCGAGCCUGUUCGCCGUGGCCUCCAUCCUGGAGGGCUGCGCCUACAUCAACGGAUCGCCGCAGAACACGUUCGUGCCGGGCGUGCUGGAGCUCGCGACGCAGCGCGGGGUCUUCGUCGGCGGAGACGACUUCAAGUCGGGGCAGACGAAGCUCAAGUCGGUGCUGGUCGACUUCCUCGUGAGCGCCGGCAUGAAGCCAGUAUCCAUCGUGAGCUACAACCACCUGGGCAACAACGAUGGCAAGAACCUGUCGUCGCCCCAGCAGUUCCGCUCCAAGGAGAUCUCCAAGAGUAACGUGGUGGACGACAUGGUGGACUCCAACCGCCUCCUCUACCAGCCGGAAGAGCGGCCCGACCACUGCGUGGUGAUCAAGUACGUGCCGUACGUGGGUGACAGCAAGCGCGCGAUGGACGAAUACACGUCCGAGAUCAUGAUGGGCGGCCUCAACACCCUGGUCAUCCACAACACCUGCGAGGACUCACUGCUCGCCAGCCCGCUGCUGCUCGACAUGCUCCUGCUGACGGAGCUGUGCGAGCGCGUGUCGCUGCGCGAGGCCAGCCGCGCGGGCGCCACCUUCGAGCCCUUCCACCCGGUGCUCUCGCUGCUCUCCUACUUCUGCAAGGCGCCGCUGGUGCCGCACGGCGCGCCCGUCGUCAACGCCCUCUUCCGCCAGCGCGCGUGCAUCGAGAACAUCUUCCGCGCCUGCGUAGGGCUACCCCCGCAGAACCACAUGCAGCUGGAGUACAAGCGGGCAGCCGAGCUGCCCAGCCCGGCCAGGGGCACCGGCCUCAAGGUCGGCAAACUUGCGAGCUCCUGGACGAGCAACGGGGUCGCGAGCAACGGGGUCGCGAGCAACGGGGUCGCGAGCAACGGGCUCGCCCACGCGAGCAACGGCGUUGCCUGCAAUGGGGCCCAACUCCUCGUGGACGGAAUCGACAACGGAGAGAAAUAGAGUGGGGAAGGGGGGUGGUCACCUGGAGGGAGAUGCACACGCGAUCGUUUUUUCAUUUUAUUUUAAAACCGCGAAAGGAAACUUUCCCGCCGCGCUCGCGUUCACCCGGCAGGCGAGCGUGGAACCGGUGUGAUGAUACCACGUGAUCGGUACCGACUGGGACACAAAUGUAGAAACCGGCCUCUCUCCCCCACCACCACCAGCCCCCACCCGCCCCCAAAGCAGCUCUACGAUGUCUCAUGCAGCGGUAGUUUUCCAGCGAUGGAUGCUUCGUCCCGCUGCGCCCAAAGCGCAGUUUGAAUCGAGCGCGCGGGGGGGGAAUGUUUGGCGGUGGGAGGAAAAAAGGCGGCGACGUCGGCGACGAGGACAGCAACAUUUGUAUAAAAAUUGGAAGCGAACCUCGCCGGCCUUAAUCCCGCGUCCCCCGCCCCUCCCUCCCCCACCACACCGGGAUCUCGAUCGCGGUGGAUGGCGCUAGCGGCACCUUUUUGUUGUCGCUGAUCCCUCCGUUGCUCACGCGCCGCUGAGCGUCCGUGCGGCUGCGCGCGAGCGAUCCUCCUCACCGGCGACACCUUGGGCCGCUUCGUCCGUCCGGAGACGCAGACGGCGCGUCGCGCCCGGCUCUCGCGGCGUGAAUCCCCCGCACUUUGGUCGUUGGCCUUCUUGAUUUUGCCGAGCGAGAAACUCGACGAGAAUUUCAAUCCUCCUCUUCAAUUGGUGAUCCUUGUCAUCGAGUGACGACCGGUAGGAUAUGUACACGAGACAAUACGUGAACGAUAUGAUGCGAUUACGAUAUGAUACGUAAACGGAGCAUUGCCAAUCCGGCCGCAGCGUUGUCAAUAGCCUUUCAGAGUCCGACACUCCUACCAUAGUAAACAUCUGAGCUCUGUAACACGCACGCUCAGCAAAUCAACCCAUUGGAGUAUCGCGGAAGCUAUCCGAUCGGCAAUGAAUGUGUCCCAUUUACCAAUCGGGUUUUAAACCAGUUCGUUUUUUAUUCACGGUGUUCGUCUCGAGCGGAGGCAUUUUGUAAAUGUGGAGGUUAGGUUUCACUUUUUUUCAUUGGCGUCCAGUCGGUAUCUGAUUGAGAUGAUGAUCGGUAAGUUUGUUUUUGCAAAACAGAGCGAGGCGGAGGUUGUUACUCGGACACACCGAUGGCUGUGUUUGCCGGCUCUUCUGGGCUGGCAGGUGCCGACGUGAACUACCUCGCCUGGUAAUGCAGGAGGUCGUGGGUUCGAUGCUGACCCUGAUGCCUGUAUAUUUGGAGUUUGUAUGUCUCUCUCCCCGUGGUCGCGUGGAUUUUUCUCCGGGUCCUCCGGUUUUUCCCUCCACAUUUUAGAAUCAACGUGCGUUUAGGGAAUUUGGCUGCUAUAAAUUUCCGUGUUAAAAGCCACUUCCGUUGAGCUAUCAUUUGUGGCCAGGUCACUUCUGAAAAAGAGCUAUAUAGCUCAGUGGGCCUUACCUGGUAAAAUAAAAAAAAUAGUUUAUAGUUUAGUUUUAAAGUAAUUUUUUUACAAAUGGCCCACACCAUUGGCCUCACUAUAUCGAGCAGUGUUCGACCGACUUUUUCAUAUUUAAUUUUUUUUAAAUGCUAAAACUAAGGAACGAGUUCGUUUCCACCAUCAAACGUGACCAGUAGUUGGUCACGAGGCUUUCGUAGGAACUCCGCUGUUGUCCUUUUUAAAAAAAAAAAACGCCACGAUAAGUAAACCAUUUAUGUUCGUGUAUCUAACUCGUGCCCAUAAGUGUGGUGUCUUUUUUUCAGAUUGCCGCGUGUACGUUGUGGUGCAGGUGGAUAGCAAUGGGUUUGGUUUACAAGAUGCGUUGGGUACGCACAAAGACAGUUCCCCCGUAUAGCCUUAGCAGGACUGUUGGGGCAAGUGCUGUUGGCGAGUAGCACCCUUGAAGGCCGGCAUAGCACACGGAGGGAGGGGCUGGCCAGCGCCAUGCCCGACCGCCUUUGUCUCCCCAGUGGCGAUGUUUACACACCGCACCGGGUACUCAUUUGAGGCCGAGUCCACCUAGGGGAGGCCCGGGACCAGUUCAGAUAAUCCGUCACCGGUGUUGGCCGUGAGCGGGAAUCGAACCUGGGUCGCGCGCACACCAAGGGGGCGGGGGUGGGGCUCGGACGAUCGCACGCACGGUUUCAUUUGACAUAUUUGUGAUAUGGGAUCUAUGUAUUUAAUUAUUCACGAACGGCGACGGAUUUGCGACAGCGGCAAUUUUGUGUUUGACGUGAAGCCCCCCGCCGCCCCCCCACCAAUCGUGUGUCGACCGAACGUCGCAAUAAACACCGACAGGGUUUCCACGCCGGAGCAACACCUCC